AGCGCGGCAUCGAAACAACGCUUCGAAACAGUGAACCGAAGCAACGCCAUCCAAAGUCUCCAGUCAGUCCCGUCGGGUUAGUCAUAAGGCGCGUGUGUGAGUGUAGUACUGUGUUACCGCGAUCCUUUAUUUGUGGCCAAGGUGGAACGAGACUGUCUAAGGCCUACACGGGUCUUUUCCAUAACUUCCCAGCAAGAUGACUAACUUCUGCUUGCACUGGUGAGGGGCCACGCGGAUCCAUUUCUGCUGGAAUUCAGGUAUCGGUGGCGUGGUGGUGGGAAGUGUCCUGCCAUGACGCUAACCACGACAACACAGGACAGCCCCUCACCUCCCCUCCCUCAGCCUUCACUACCACCACCACCACACUUUCCUCCCACUCCUCUCCCUUGCCUUCCCCCCUACCAGUGAGAGUUCCCUUCCCUUUCCUCCUCUCUCACAGCUCUUUCCCUCCCCUUCUCCCAGUCUCCCCGCUAGUAUCAACUCUUUUUCUCUCUCUUCCCCCCUCACCACCACCACCGCCACAACCUUAGCCGCCGCCACCACCCACAGGCAGCACUGCACCACUCUUGUUCUGCAUCACCUGCUCGUCCUACGCCACGCCAGCAUAUGUGAAGAGGUUACAGAUCUUACGGAGACUACACAAAGAGGAAAGGGAACGAUCAUGGAAGUGGUAGCACAUCAUGAGCGCCUCGUGAAUAUACAAUGGUCUUUCGUCGCAGUCAGAUGGUACUGAUGCUGCCUCUAACCAUUGUGCUACUCUACCUUGCCGACUUCAUUGACUGGAGAGCAGGAUAUGAUAUCCUGAGACGAGACGACGCCCCAAAACGAAGUGACGCCCUGAGGCAGCACAUAAAGGACGCCUGUAAGCAACUGUCUUUGCCAAAUAAUCUGAAUGGUGUGACCCUGGCGCACAUGCAUUAUGACGACAGCAGGAAGGUGAUAUACUGCUUCAUCCCCAAGGUGGCGUGCACCAGCUGGAAGAGGGUGUGGUUCAUGAUGACGGGAUUACUGAAGCCAGAAGAUGAAGUAAACUUUGUAAGUAGGUAUUUGGUGCACAGCAAACUUCCUCUGUUAGCGAAUGCCAAGGACAAGAAAGAGAAACUCAGAACCUACAAAAAAUUCAUGCUGGUGCGUCACCCUGCCCAUCGCGUCCUGUCAGCCUACAGGGACAAGCUCGAGAGCCUGGAUAAGGAUUCUUCGUAUGACUUCCACAAGAUAAUCGGGAAGAAGAUAGAGAUGAAGUACAGAGGCACCACCGCAGGGAAAGGCAAGAACGUCACUUUUCCGGAGUUCAUUCGCUUCAUCUCAGAGCCUGGAGGCGGCACAGCUGAGCAGCGGAACGAGCACUGGCUGCCCAUGCACACACUCUGCAGCCCUUGCUCUGUUGAUUAUGACUUCAUUGGAAAAUUCGAACAUCUGAAGGAGGAUUCAGACUACCUGUUAAAGUGGCUCGGGUUGACAGAGCUGAUAAGUGAGUUCCCGGUUGCAGACAGACCCUUCCAAGCUAGCAGUCAUUUCUCUAAAUAUUACGGACAGCUCAGUAAGAACGAAACCAUGGCCUUCCUUAGCAAGUACAAGACGGACUUUUUGCUUUUCAAUUAUACGCAGAUGUGAAUGACUCAUAGAUAACCUGUAGUGUAGCUUGUAUUUGAGAUUACUGAACAAUACUAUGUGUGUUUUCAAGUGAUGCACGUGUAGUCAGUUGAGACGCACCACUGUACAUAUGAGUGACUGGAGUGUGUGGUUGUUUUCUUUACACGUCUAUCAUGAAUGACUAGUUACUAACUCAAGUGUAGUAAUUGGUUCUUUUAUAGCUUACACAUUGGAGAGUGUACCAAUGUUUUCUCGUCUCAGUUGCAACAUGAUGUGAAAAGUUUCUUCUUUGUAAAACCGUGAAACGACUUGUAAACAUUUCAAAACUUCCUGACUGAAUGAGUGAAUUAUUUUUUUCCAAGCCACACCAGUGUAAGGCAAGUUGUUGAAGAGAUACUGACAGAAACUUGUAGCUACUGUACAUGUCAAUUGUACUUAUCUAUCCCAGCACAUUCAGUUAUCAAGUGUGUCUGCAGAUUUUGGAAGAUUCUCUCUCUCUCUCUCUCUCUCUCUCUCUCUCUCUCUCUCUCUCUCUCUCUCUCUCAAUACAGUAGGAGUCACCUAAGUUUGCGGUGUGAUGUGCUAGAAUUUUCUUUAUUAUCACUAGAAGACGUUUUCUUUAAACCAUCCGUGGCAGACUAACUUAAUUCGCUGAGUAUCAGACAAUCCCUGCUGAGGACAUGAAUGGUGCUUGGCGAUCUAAAGCCUCCUCUGUCGUUUGCGUGUGUAUGGUUACAUAUUUAUUAAUUAACUUAUUUAUAGGAGUUAGGGGUGGCUUAUAUGCAUUAGUGGUACGUCACUCUACGAAUCAUUAGGUUAUGUAAUAGGUUAUUAUUGUUAUCCGACGCCCCGCUUGAGAGAAGGGCUGUUGUGGCAUAGGAAGGAGAAGAGUGAGGACUGUUGUAGUGAAGUGCUCUUGUGCUGGGUACUGGUAUUCAACUGAUAACCAUUUGUGUCCUUAUUUGAUAAAACUCGUUAACCACGAAAAUAUAUAUGAUUUCAAUCCCCUGCAAGUUACAGAUCCGAGUAACACUUUUAUCUAUUACUUAAUCACAGUUGUUUAUUUCAUGUGCCUGCCAUCGAGGCUCAAGUAUGCCAGUGUGUAAAUACUUCGUACGUGGUGAAAGAAUGCACUGAAAAUUUUACAUUAAACUAGUAGUGAUUAUUCUGAAAUUUCCUAAUAAAUAUGUAAUUGAAUGAGUUAAUAAAGUUAAAUCAGAAAAAAAAAAAAACAGCUGUAAA